UCGUGAUGCGCUAGCUCACUCCCCUCCCCAAUAUCUUCCGGCCUGAAACCAAACUCCCCCUCUCCGCCAUUCGAUUCUUCGCCAGAGACGUGAGAAAUGGCGAGCAAACCAUCCAUAGAGAAGCCGCUUCUCGCCAACAAACAUGGCGGCAUGCAGCCCCCGUCGAACGGCUCCGGCGACUUGUCGGAAUUUGACGACGCGCCGGUAGUAACGUCCUUCGGCGACGCCUGGGAAGCCUUCUCGCGGGAGUCAAGGAAGCUGUGGGCGAUCACCGUCCCUAUAGGUUUCAGUAUCCUUUGCCUCUACGGUAUCAACUCCGCCUCUCAGAUCUUCGCCGGCCAUCUCGGCAACCUCCAGCUUUCCGCGGUGGCUAUUGGCCUCUCCGUCAUCUCCAAUUUCUCCUUUGGCUUUCUCCUGGGGAUGGGAAGCGCUCUGGAGACACUAUGCGGGCAAGCUUUCGGCGCCGGUCAGGUGGAGAAACUAGGCGUGUAUAUGCAGCGGUCAUGGAUCAUCCUCCUAGCGUCGGCCGUUCUCCUCUGCCCAAUCUACAUUUUCGCCACCCCCAUCCUCAAGCUAAUCGGCCAACAAGACGACAUCGCCGUCGCCGCCGGCCGCUUCAGCAUCGCCAUCAUCCCCCAAGUCUUCGCCCUGGCCAUCAACUUUCCCACCCAGAAGUUCCUCCAAGCUCAGAGCAAGGUCGGAGUCCUCGCCUGCAUCGGUUUCGCGGCCGUCCUCCUGCACAUCGCUCUCCUCUCCCUCUUCAUCUACGUUUUCAGAUGGGGUAUUCUCGGUGCCGCCGCCGCCUUCAACAUUUCUCAGUGGACGGUCACUGUUUCCCAACUCGUCUAUGUAUUUGGAUGGUGUAGGGAUGGAUGGACUGGCUUCUCCUGGGCGGCUUUUAGGGACUUAUGGGCUUUCGUCAAGCUCUCGCUGGCCUCCGCGGUUAUGCUUUGUCUAGAGAUUUGGUACAUGAUGGUUCUCGUUGUGCUCACCGGGCAUCUCAAGAACGCUGAGAUUGCCGUUGGCUCCAUUUCCAUCUGCAUGAACAUAAAUGGAUGGGAAGGGAUGAUAUUCAUCGGUAUCAAUGCAGCCAUAAGUGUUCGGGUCUCGAAUGAACUUGGAUCAGGACGGCCGAGGGCAACCAAGCAUGCCGUUGUGGUUGUGGUGGCUACGUCUCUAGUGAUUGGGCUCUUUUUCAUGUUUGUCAUUCUUGCUGCAAGAGAUUAUUUUCCAGUUUUAUUCACUAGUGAUAAAGAGAUGCAGCAGGCUGUCACAAGAAUUGCUUAUCUUCUUGGGAUUACAAUGGUGCUCAAUAGCAUCCAGCCAGUGAUUUCAGGAGUGGCAAUCGGAGGUGGAUGGCAAGGUCUUGUGGCUUACAUUAACUUGGGAUGUUAUUAUAUUUUUGGCCUUCCAUUAGGGUUUGUACUGGGAUAUGUCUUGCAUUGGGGAGUUCGGGGCAUUUGGGUCGGCAUGCUUUGUGGCACAGCAUUGCAGACUUCAAUUCUGCUGUUCAUUGUUUGGAGGACAAACUGGAAGAAGGAGGCUGCACAAGCUGUAUCACGCGUGCGAUUGUGGGCUGGCGAGACAAACACUGUAAGCUAGAGAAAUUAGCAUCUUGGAGAUAGUUUUGGCUUCGUUUGGAACGGCUUUCUUACUACUUAAAGCAGUUUUUUAGUACAAAAAUUAAAAAGCUUUUUUAAGAAGCAGUAAGAAAGACGUCCCAAACAAAGUCUUAUUACGAGAAAAACAGAUUUUUUUAAAGUUAUUAUGAAUAUGAUAGCUUUCUUUAGAGCUACCUCACUCCAACAAAAUUUUAUUUGUAAAAAACUUCUCAUUGCAGAAGUUUAAAUAAACAUAUUGCAAUGAUUUGUUGAAUAAAACUAUGAAAAAUUUGUCCCAAAUGUACUUGGAAUCUAUCAUAAUAAAAGUGCUGAUAGAUUUUGUUA